UAGAGCCGAACGUGCGCCGCAGCUCGCGCCGGCAGCGAUCGAGUGUGCAUUCGUUACUUCGCGAUCGAUAUUGUGAACUUGGUGCAGUCGGUGAAGAUACGUGCGUGCAUUUGAAGUGAAAGGAUAAUUGCCAAAACUGAGAUGCUCGUGACUUUUGAACUAAAGUGCUAGCCGAUUGCAUAUUCAGAAAGAUGAAUUGAUCCACUGUUUUACAGGUCCUAAAAGAUGGGUGCGCCAGCAUGGGGCUCGCGCGGCGGCGGCGACCGGCCGCGACUCCUGCGCAUGACGCCGCUGAGGCACAGCUUCGCCGCGCCCGCGUCCCCGCCCGCGCCGCCCGCCCGCACACACGACUACGCCUCCGAUGCGGACACUAACAAGAAAGAGGACAGCUGGAACGCAAACCUGUCACAAAGAUGGAGGAAACUACGGCGCAGAUGUUCCAGAUUACGCCCUGGUUCGGGAAACCGUGAACCGAGCCCUGUACGAUGCUCGCCUUCGCCGCCUAGACCACCACCCCACUGCUCCCCCGCCCCACCGUCGAAACUGUCUUUCAGACACCGAGGAAAAGUAUACACGACAGCAUCCCUCCGCGUUACCAGUGGUGCACCUGAUUUAUUAAGAGCCCUCGGAAAACUAGGUGGAGGGCUGAGGAGGCGAGCGUUAUCAGCGCACGACGUGCUAGCACCGCCCCAGCAGCAGCCAGCUACAUUCUAUGUUCCUAGCCCGACAGCUGUCCGACAGCCAGCAUCACCUUCUCCACCUCGACAAUCUGCAACAUUGAGGAGGCGAUGUAGCUCCCCAAACGUCUACAGAGCGAAUAAAGGUUCUCCUGCGCCUAGGGAGCGGACGCCUUUGAUAAAUCAAGAAGAUGAAAGUAGAGACGUUGUUGAUUUCACAUACGUCCCUGAAAGGAGGAAGAAUAGCAGCGAAGGGAGGAGCAGGAGGCCGUAUAGUGAGAACGUAGAGUUAGAUGUGCCAGUUUAUAGAAAUGGUUACAGCCGCCUUUCAUCAGAAGCGUCGCAGCGGCUGUGGGAAGAGCCGUACCGACUACCUCGCGUGCAGGCUCGACAGGAGCCGAUGCAACAGUUACGCAACUGUGUAGCGGAGCUUCGCGUGAGUGCAACGCCAAGAUCUGCACGACCGCCGCCUGCGCCGCCGUCAACGACCCAGAAUAAGCGACCCCCGGCACCUGAGCCGAGAGACUCUCACACGUUUGAGGUUCGAUUUACUAAGUCAGCUGGCGGCAAGGGGCUUGGGUUCAGCAUAGUUGGAGGACGCGAUUCUCCACGAGGUGACAUGGGCAUCUUCGUAAAGACUAUAUUCAACAAUGGGCAGGCAGCUGAAUCAGGAUUACUGAGAGAAGGUGACGAGAUCGUGUCAGUGAACGGUCGUGGCACUGCAGGCCUGACACACGGUGAGGCCAUCAGGCUAUUCAAGGACGUACGCGCUGGCCCAGUGCUGCUCAGAGUGGCUCGGAGGUCUCCUGCGCGCUGACUGCCCUGCGCCUGCUGCGGUCAAACCGCGCAGGCGCCUAACUACUCCACUUUGUAACCAUUAAAAUGUAACACGACAUAUUUAACGCGUUCAAUGAAGCCAAGGAUUGGCAGUCGAGACAGUGCCACCAUUUUGAAAUGGCUUAAAAAGUAAUUAAGGUGUGCUCUUGAUAUUAAUGCAACAUAAGGUUGUAUAAAGUUAUGGCGGUAUUAGGAGAAACAUUGCCUUUUCUGUAAAACAUUAGGUAAAUAAUUUUCGUGUUCGAGUAUGAUAGUCCACUACAUAAUUUAGUGGUCGUUUUACCUGAUCGAUCACACAUGAAUGACCAAAACUACAACUAGAUUACCCGCUCCGAUAGUAAAAUAUUUAAUGGUCAAAGACUAUGAAUGUAAAGAGAAAAACAGAUAUCAUCCAUUGAAAAGGUUAGUUCACCUCUGCCUCAUAGAAAACACAGUAACCGAAAAGAAAUAUUUACUUACCUACUUAAGAUCUGUAUGUAGCUUUUCUCGUCUUUUAGACGACGACUAAACUUAUAUCAAGUGUAACAAAUAAUAUAGUGCCAAAGAUUCUAAAAAAAUGGUAACACUACUAAAUCUAACUAAAAAAGAAAUAUGUACCUAUCAAAGAGCAGGAUGAAAAUAUAAGGAAAUGACAUACCUAUUUGACAAAAUUAAAAUUAGUCUGUGAUAUGAAGAUUCAAAAACAAUGAAAAUGUAUAGAUUUUGAUAAGAAUGAAUAUGUACGAGACUAAUUCGUCGGUAUUUAUUAGAUAUAUUCGUAGCUUUAGUCUGAAAUGUAGAGAUAAAUGUAACAUUAUUAUAUUUCAUAGUUUAUUGUAUUUUUAUAUGAUGUAUGUACGGUUUGACUAAUAUCUGCCUUUAAUAAGUCCACGCAAUAAUUAAGUAUUUCAAGUAGAAACACAUUUGAAAUAUUGUCAAUAUUUUUUGAUUCAGUAUUGAAAUAUGUACCUAGUUAUACAGAAAGUAACUCAUCUGAUUAUUAUCUAUUGAACUAAAUACUAACUAUUUCAAAAUUAAUAAAAUUGAGAACAAGAUAGGUAAGCUGGAAUAUAAUUUCCUAAAGAACCUUCCAAGUUGCAAAUAAGAAUGCACAAUGUUCCACCAAGAUGAUGAAACAGAAUCUUACUGGCUCCCGGGCCCAACUAUUUACUAUUUCAUCAUAAAUAUUUGGUCUAUUCUCAAAUGGGAAUAUUUCCUUUACAACACUUAUUUGAUAACUUAGCACAACAAUAUAAAAAGGCAAAUCAAACAACCAAAAAUCUAAAAAGACCUAUUUUUAUACUAUAACUGAGAAAAAAUAAUGGCAACUACUUUACUAAAUUUUAACUAAAAUUUUGAAACAAAACUAUUUUCGGAAGACAUUAUUAUAAAUUUUGCAAAGAAAUGUGAUAAUUAAAGGCAAAGUGAAUGCGGUCCAACAAUGUGAGUGUAAGAAUUCAUCAGUAAGAAAUAUUUUUUGCAUAGUUUUGAAAGAAAACUAGUUAAAGGGCUGGAAAAACUCAAGUUUCUCAGUCCAAUUAAAAAAAUACGUAUGUCAUGAUAAAUGAUGUAAGUAACAUACCUAUCAUUAAAAUAGUGCUGUCAUCGUAUCUUUAAAUGAUUUGAGUUACAUUAAGGACAUGUUCUACGAAAUAUA